AUAUAUAAAAAUAAUAAAACAAAAAAAAAACAGCAAAGCUAAAUCAGAGGUCUGUUUUUUUGUCUCGCCUUUCUCCACCUGCUUCAACUUGGAAAAUUUUUGUGACUAAUCCAAAACUGUUUUUCGACAUCAUCGGCUUAAAAUUGCAGACAGAGAUACAACUAACUGAAUUUCAAGAGACAAAUUGUGUGCUCGUAAUUUGUUUGCUUUCGCGACUGAAUGGCUCUGUACUGGAUCAGUUAUCAUCUUUUGUCAUUUGUCGGAUGGUUGGUUAUUCGAUUCGGGUAGAUAGUAAAGGAUAAAGAUCAUAAUGGCCGCCACCGCCAACGAUAUUUUCAACCUGAUCGACAUCCCCUCAGAUAAUGAGGAGCAGCUGUCCGAUGAUAGCUUCAGCGAUCUCAGGAUGGUCCUGGACGCGGAUAUGAACUUAUGCGAUGUCCCAGAUAGUAAUUGUUUCCAACGUUCCUACUUGAGCAGUCUGCUGGCCAACACGCUCAAGAGCAACCAAGUAGAGAUUAACACAGACAGCAAAAGUCUGAAAUCGAUUGCGAGACUGAAAGAGCCCAGAGACUUGUUCACGUUGCCUAAAGAGCCGGAAUGUGCCCAAGAAGCCGCGAGGUGGCCUUCGGAGUGCCAGGUCGUCGACAUGAAGAUACACCACAUCGAGGUGAUGCCCAACAUACCCGAAGUCUACUACACAAGCAGUGGCAAAGAGAUUGUGGUUAAAGUCAUCGGGGAAGACGCCGGACAGAUCGUCUAUCAAUACAACCCGAUGAGCGCUGUCAAUUACUUUACGAGGUCUAUUAGUGGGGGCAACAGAAUCCCGCCGAGCUGCCCCGUAAACGGCGAUCUGAAAUUUGAAUCCAGGUUUGAGUCUGGAAAUUUGGCGAAGGCUGUGAAAAUUACAGAAACUUACUACGAGCUCUCGAUUAGGGCCGACUUGUACACCAAUAAGCACAUGCAAUGGUUCUACUUUAUGGUAGAAAACACAAAAAAAGGAGUUCUUUACAGGUUCAGCAUCGUCAAUUUAUUGAAAGGUGACAGCCUCUACAAUGAAGGCAUGCGGCCUGUCUUAUAUUCUUGUAAGGAUGCCGUGAUCAGGAAGAUUGGCUGGAGACGUUGUGGCACGAAUAUAAACUACUACCAGAAUGAUCUGAAUUCUAUUUUCAGUGGAGAAGACGAACAAAAUUCCACUUACACAUUGACUUUCAACUUGGAGUUUCCUUACGACGAUGACUGCGUUUUUGUAGCUCACAAUUACCCGUACACUUACACUGAUCUCCAGGAAUACCUGAUCAAGCUGCAGAAUCACCCGGUAAAGUCAGCGUAUACCAAGUUGAGGCUCCUGUGCAAAUCGCUUGCAGGCAAUAAUGUUUAUUAUUUGACUGUCACUGACCCUACUGAAGAUGAUAGCAACACAAAGCCUAAAAAGAAAGCAGUGGUUAUGACAGCAAGAGUGCAUCCAGGUGAAUCACCUGCUUCAUGGAUGAUGAAAGGCGUCAUGGACUUCAUAACAGGCGACUCUGCACAAGCAAAGGAAUUGAGGGAGAAAUUCAUAUUCAAGCUCAUACCAAUGUUGAAUCCAGAUGGAGUCAUCGUCGGCAACAACCGGUGUUCACUCUCUGGCAGAGACUUAAACCGACAAUACAGGACUGUGAUCAGGGAAACUUACCCUCCUGUUUGGCACACAAAACUAAUGAUCAAAAGACUAAUUGAAGAGUGUGGUGUGGCCAUGUACUGUGAUCUUCAUGCACAUUCUCGUAAACAUAAUGUAUUCAUUUAUGGCUGUGAAAAUAAAAGGAUAGCUGAGAAACGACUCCAAGAGCAAGUGUUCCCUUUGAUGCUGCAUAAAAAUACUGCAGAUAAAUUUUCUUUUGAAAACUGCAAAUUCCGAAUUAACAAAGAUAAAGAAGGAACAGGACGUGUUGUAAUUUGGAUGAUGGGUGUCGAUAAUAGUUACACUCUCGAAGCAUCAUUUGCAGGUUCCACACUCGGUUCCCGGCAUCAUACUCAUUUUUCAACUAUUGAUUAUGAGAUGAUGGGGAAAUCGUUCUGUGAGACGUUGCUAGACUAUGUUGACGAAACACCAGGAAAGCUGAGAUUGAGAUCCAAAAUUGUACUCAAGCUCCAAAAAGAAGGGUCAAGCGCAGACGAGCCCGCAAACAUUGAGCUUUCGGAUUACUCAAGCGAUGAAGGCGAGUUGAGUGAUUUGAGCGAAGACGAAAAACGGAAAAGGGAAGAAUACAUCCUGACUGCUCCACCGCCUUCACCAGUUAUACCAAACGAAAAAAAAAAUAGUCAGAAGCCUUCACAGUGGACCUAAAACAGGCAAAAAAAUUAGAUUCUGCAUUGAAAAGGAAUAUUACUUUUGGGCACUUUGUGAAAGCAUUU